AUGAUUCCGGAGCAGAACCGAUUAUUGUCUAGGUGCACACAAUAUCCCCCUCUAGAGUACUUGGAUUUCGGUAUAAACCGAAUCAUAGAGCCAUUGCCUAAUCUUACUCUAUUUUCAUCGUUGAAAGUAGUAAGACUUUAUGUUAAUCAAUUCAAUGGAGCUGUACCUGAAGCUUUUGGACGAUUAACACAUUUGGAGGAAUUGGAUCUUUCUUCGAACUCUCUAAAAGGUGUAAUUUCAGAAGCCCAUCUUUCGAAACUCUCCAAGCUAUCCCGGUUGGGUUUGUCUGGUAACUCACUGAUUUGGAACAUCACUUAUGAUUGGAUUUCUCCUUUUAAGUUGAAUCGUAUAGGACUUCAUUCUUGCAAGUUGGGUCCUCGGUUCCCAAAAUGGCUUCAAACUCAAAAAGAUUAUUCCUAUCUGAGCAUUUCCAAUGCAGGGAUAUCAGAUUCUAUUCCGAAUUGGCUUUGGGAUAUCUCUAGUAGUUGUUAUUCCAUGGAUCUUUCUGCCAACCAAAUCCAUGGAACAAUAACAGAUUCCUCAUUUAAAUUCAUGGGUUAUCCCUAUGUAAAUCUUAGUUCAAAUGAGUUAGAAGGUUCAAUACCCCAUUUCAUGUUCAAAGUGGGUGCACUAGAUCUCUCCAUGAACAGAUUCUCAAAACUGGAUUCCCUAUGCAAUGUCUCUAUUGAUACAGAGUUGACGUUUCUUGAUAUUUCAUUGAAUCAGUAG